AUGGCGGAAUCAGCGGUCCGUCGACACGAGCUCUCGGUGAACGCUUUGGGCGAGUAUUUGCAACCGGGAGCUCGCCGCCGCCCCUACACCGCCGCCGCCGCCCUCCCGGUGGCAGAUAAUAGCCCAAGUCGAAGAGCGAAGGAGGAGGAGCACGCCGCACUCAAGCGUGAGAAGGAGGCGGCUGACCGCGAUCGAGCGCGGCGCAGCGCCGUGCGUCGGCGCUCGGCCAGCGGCGUCUUCGCCGAUGGCGACGCCAAUGGCGCCGUGUCGCUGCGCGGCUACGUCGUUUCUAUAACCGCCGGUGGCCGCUGCGGCGGAUGGUGCUGCACAUCGACACUCGCUUUGGUCUACUUCGCUUUCGCCGAGUGGAUGGCCGACACCGCGCUGCUACACUUGUUGGUCGUCUACCUUCCGCUAUUGCUCGUGCAUUCGCUCUCCUUGGUGCACGCCGUUGUCACCUCAAGCACCGCCUUUACCGAGGGAAGACGCAUAUCGGCCGAUCUCUCGGCUACAUCCGGCAACAUCUCGACCGUAGGCUCCUCCAUCACCGAGUGGAAGACCAGGGACACGCUCAACUCGAACUACGCCGACAACUACCUUGUCGCCGGCUACUAUUUCUUCGGCGGUCUUCCUGAGCUGGCCAAUUUUUACUACUCCGGGUUCUCGGGCGCUUGGCCAAGCAUGCGGUACGUCUACUCGGCGACGGUUCCAGCCCCGUUUGUGCACGCGUAUGCGGAGGUGCACAGCGGUGGACAGCGUAACAAGAUCGGGUUCGCGCGUAAUUUGUUGGCCGAGUGGGACAUCGACGUCUCGAGCCCCAAGGAGCUAAUCGAGGGGAGAAGCCGCGUCGCCGAGACCUUCCGAGCUCUCAUCAGCGAGCUGAAACGGCUGCAAAACGACACCACAGCAAGGACAGCGCCUUCCACGCGUCUACCUGUGCGCCUAGGCGAGUCGCAGUGGCGCCAGCGCGUCCGAGAUCGUUCGGCGUCGGAUGCGCGGCGGCUGAGGUUGCGUCGCGUGGCGGCCAGCGUCGCGCACACGUUGCUUCAGGUACUCACCUUCCUGCCGAUGGGCUCGAGCGAGUACGUGGCCACUGUCGCCAUCUCGGGCACCAAUGCGGUGAUGCCGACAGUUGGCUUCUUCCUUGGCCGGAUGCUCACGCUUGGCACGGUAUUCCUGGCUUACUACGGUUGCUUCACCGGUGCGGACGUCAUCGUGCCGAAGAAGCCGCUGCAGGACCACUUUGCGCAGACCCUGCUCCUGCUGGUGCUAAUCGAGUUUGUGUUACUCAAGCUCGUUGUGCUGCCGCUGUUGCUGCGCCGGCCAAAGGGCGAGAUCUACCUCAAGGUGAUCCACCUCGUCUACUUCCAGAGCCUCUUUUGGAUGCUCAUGCCGUUUCUGCCGUGGGCAUCGGCCCUCAUGUGCCUCUGCUUCCUCGGCGAUUUGAGCCUCGCCCCUCAACAGCAUCGCAAAACCAUCGCCGCGCUCCUCUACCCCGCGGUCGCGGCCGCGAUCGCCGCCGUCGCGGCGCUCGCGCUGUCAAGCGGAGAGGACGGGGACGAGGCGGCUGGGCCCGAGCACAAGGCAGCGGCGUUGCCGCGGCGGUGCAGCACGACACGUCUGCCGCCGGCACUGCCCCUGGACGAGGAGGAGGCGUCUCUGCUGCUGCGUGGGUGGAUACCGGGCUACGACGGCGCUCGCGCGCAAACGUUGACGCGCGCAAACGCCUGGGUAACUGCCGUCGACACUGACCGCGGCCGGCUCAAGGUGUCAACGGCGCAGCACGGGCCGUUCCUUCUCUUCCGGGUCGAGGCGGAGGCAGAGGACAGCGAGGCAGCAGCGCUGGUCUCGCUCUUCCGCGAGGUGGACCUCCUCCCGCAGUGGAACCGCGGCGUCCGCUCCGCCGAGCUCGAGGAGCUGCGCCGUCCGAGCGAGAUG